ACGUGGAUGCUGGAGGGGGCACAGUAAAGCCGGGCGGUGAGUGGGGAGAGGGGGAGGGCCAGGUCUUCUAGCCAAGGUGGUGGAGGGAGGAUGCAACCUUCCCACAAAGAUGGAAAGAAACGAGGACAGGGCAUUCCCUAGAUGAGAACAUUCCCCUGCCUAAGGCGAGGGAGGGGAGGGGAGGGGAGGUGGGAGAGGCAGGGGCGAGGAGGGCUGGCCAAGUGUGUCUGCCAAGUGCCAGCCUCAGUGACCGGGGCCCAGGUGGGGGAACCGGGCAUCGGUGAGAUUUUCAAUGGUCCUGUCUUUCCACUUGCCAUCCCAGACUUUUGGCCUCGCCUUGGGACACUUUAUCUGGAGAAUUCUCCUGCUCUGAGAGGCUUCGUAAUAUCAGGAGGGACCCAUCAAAGGGCUUUGCUGUUCUCUCCUGACUUGUGCCUGAGCUCCUUGCCAGGAGGCUGUGGAGAGCUCUGUGGGCUGUGCGUGUUCCUGGGUGAUUUCGUGUCACCUUCAUGUGCUCCUGCAAGGGAGUGGGGGACAGUGACACCCAGUUGUGAGGACGGCAGCAGGUGCCUGAAGAGACCGUCAUGCCAUGACUGUCCCAGGUCACUCAGCAGCUGGUGGGGCUACUGCGUCCCUUGUUACCUGUUUUGCUCUGUCCUUCCACGACACCUUCUGCUGUCGCCCGUAUUUAUUUACAAAUGUAUUUGUCUAUUGUCGGACUCCCCGCUCCCCACUGAGACUGAGCCCGGCUUGGUUUGUUCUGGGCAGAGCUCGAGGGUGGGGGCUCAGUCAGUACUUGCUGAGCCAGCAAAUGCAUUGAGGAUGAGCACCUCCGGGCUUGUCUGUUUUGAGUCAGUUUCCUCCCUGUGUCCUUACAUCAUUUCUCCCCCAAGAACCACAUUUUACAAUAGUUUCUAUGGCAGCUCGCAGCUUCCUCCCUCUUCUUUAAGUGAGGGUGGGGGGAGGAACUGCCGCUUCACAACCUGGGGAGUGGGGUAUGUGUGUGCAUAUUCACAUGUUGUCUAUGGAGCUGUAGGGGGGAAGAUGGGGACAUUCUCCAGAUACCUCCAGGGGUUGGUCCCCCUUGGAGUCCAGUGA